AUUUUUUUUACAAUGGAUAAAAGAAAAGUAUUUGACAUUUUUAAAUUUCGUAAAGUCAUUAAAAAAGACGAUUUUCCGCUUACAAACAAUGUGGAUACUCAGGAACAAAAUGAUCAACUAGUAGAUGAUCCAGAUCCAUGCAGCACUCAAACAAAAAUCAUUCAGGUUCAGGACAGACCCACUGAUAAACCCUUUUCACAUGCAUCCAGCUCAACGUUUGCAAAUAGUUUGGAUACAGAUCUUGGAGAUAUGGACUCGGGUCCUAUAAGACCUAUAUUAAAGGUUUAUCCAAAAACCAAAUUUGGCACACAAAAUCGUUCAUUCACGUCAGUUUACUAUACACAUUUUGAUUGGCUGGAAUAUAGCGUUAAAAUGAACGCAGUAUUUUGCUUUGCUUGCCGCAUCUUUUCAAAUGACUAUGGGAAUUCAGAAAACACUUUUACUAUUACUGGAUUUUCUAAUUGGAAAAAGGCAAGUUAUUUUUACAAUUAA